AUGGAUAGUAUCAGAGAACAGUUUAAGCGAGCAAGUAAUUAUACAGAUGAUGAGAUCGAGGAGUUUCGCCAAAGACAGCUUAAAGAACAAAACAUGUUGGCAUGGGGUGCGAGCGUUCGUGGAGGUUAUAUGACAACAAAGGAUGAAGCAAUUGCUAAAAUGCUGCAGGAGGAAGAACAGCAGAAGGAAAGAGAAAAGGAAAGAGAGAAUAAAUGGUUCGAGAUCCUAGAUCAUUCCAACGGUAACUCAUACGUUAUCGAAAUAAUCCGGGAUAGAUGCUCUUCAGCCAACUUCGUCACGGCACGAGCCGUAACCGAUUACAGCCUUGAAACCAAGCGGAUAGACCCUAUGAGCUUUAUUGAUGUGGCCGGUGGGGAGUUUACUUGCGACGCACAGGCAGAAAUUCAUUGGAAGGGGAAAGGAGGGGAGAUGAGAGUAGAUUUCUUCUAUGUACUUCCAGAUAAGUCCCCAAUCAAGCAUACUCUUGUCGGGAAAGAAUUUGAUGAUGCCUUCGGCCGCUUUCUGCUGGAUUCAAAUCCGGACAAUAAGGUCUUCUACACAGCACAGAAGCCGAAAACCCCUACCGAAGAUAAGUUAAUUCGAGAAAUGCGCCGAACUAUGGAUGAACAGGUCGCGAGGUCUUCCCAGAACAAAUUAGAGUACGAGCAGAACAGAUCUACGAAGGCUGCCGGUUCGUCAAGAUUACCGCAUAACAAUCUCAACACGCCAUAUUUCCACCAAGCGAACCCAUCCGAUGAUGAGGGGGUCAAUGCCGAUGCCAACACCCGCGCCCGCACCGAAACAGAGGACAAGAUAGACACAACUUUCACCAUCGACUCAAGAAUCAACGGCGGAAAUAAGCCAUCCGGCUACGACAGCAACUCGCUCAUCACGAUUCUCCGGUCGUCGCAAUGCUUUAUCGCUCUCUUAGUAUUGAUUCUCUACGUCUUCACGUCUUCGGUCCCUGUCUUUUGGCUCAUCUUCUAUACGAUUGCCGAGGUUGUCUUAGCUAGCUUUUGGAGCAUUUUCGCGCUGUUCCUUAGGCAUCACUGGUCAAUAUGGUUGGUUAUACCAGAGAUCGUGAUCACUGUUGCGUGGAUUGUGCUAUUCGCCGUAAGCUCGCUCUCAACACCAGAUGAAUCGAAGGAAUCAACGUUCCGUUUAUCACUCAUGGCCAUAGAAGCUUCUAUGGUGAUGUGGUUACCGACCUGCUUUCUGGCAAUUUCGCCAUUCUUCCACUGGCUCAUGCCUUGGCUAUUUCAAGUGCGAAGUGGCGAGAACGUCGCCCUUGAUGCGGGCGGUGCCCGAGAGAUGGGGGUCUGCCAGGGCCGCGAGGGCCGCCAGGCCCGGGAGGCCCGAGAGGCCCGGCGCCUGGAUGGCCGUUGCCCCCUGAGGGGUUGGGCGGUCCUGCUAUGGAUGGGCCAGGAGCCCCAGGGCGUGCGCUCGGGAUGCCGCGCAAGACAAUUCCAGGUCAUAUACUGCCGCGCCGCGAGAAGGACAGGCAUGGGAAAAAACCGAGACCAGAAAGUACCUUGA